CUUCGUCUUCUUGGUCUCCAUAGCUUCGAGCUUGACCCCCGACUAAACCUCUGCACAAAUCUCAUUUCUCUCACUCCCUCUGAAUUUCGGAGACGAAAUUCUCCGCGCAGAGAGGAAAAUUCAGAGAAUUUAUAUACAUACGUAUAUAUAAAGAAAUAAAUAAAUAAAUUUUUUUUCGAAUUUUGUUGCUUUUUGUUUGGGGAAAUUUUGUGAAAUCAAUUUGGUGGCCACGAGAUGGGUUGCGCUACCAGCAAAAACGCGGAUUCGAAAGCGAGCCGGACCGCUCGGUGGCGAUCCACCGGCAUUGUUGGCCUCCGCGACUCCAAAUUGAAGACAUUUCCUGCUGAAGUUCUCGACCUGGACAGGUCCAUACGUACUAUUGAUCUAACAAACAAUAAAAUAGUUGAAAUUCCUAUGGAUAUCAGCAAAUUAGUAAACCUGCAGAAACUGAUAUUAGCUCAUAACCUCAUUGACCGACUACCGAUAAAUUUGGCAAAACUAGAGUCCCUAAAAGUUAUGACAUUUGAUGGAAAUCGAGUUACGUCCUUGCCUGAUGAAUUGGGACAGUUGGUCAGACUUGAGCAGUUAUCCAUCUCCGGAAAUUCAUUAGAGUCUUUGCCUGCGACUAUUGGAAGCUUGCGGAAUUUAAAGCUUUUAAAUGUAUCGAAGAACAAGUUAAAGUCUCUUCCGGAAUCCAUCGGAAGUUGCUUCUCUCUGGAAGAAUUACAAGCUGAUGAUAAUUCAAUAGACGAACUUCCUGAGUCAGUCUGCAACCUUAUCCACGUAAAGUCGUUUUGCUUGGACAAUAAUAAUGUGAAAAAGAUACCCACUAAUCUGUUGAAAGACUGUAAAGCGCUGCAGAAUAUUUCCCUCCAUGGAAACCCUAUUUCCAUGGAUCAGUUUCAGCAGAUGGAAGGAUUUCAAGAGUUUGAAGCGAGAAGGAAGAAGAAGUUUGACAAACAAAUUCACUCAAAUGUGAUGAUCAGUUCCAAAGGCCUUGAUGAGGGUAUCGAUCUUUGAGAGUAUGGCAUUGACAUUCCUGAAACAAUGACAGAUUCUAACGAGAGCCAAAGCCAUUCCAAUGCAAAUGAGGGGGGGUUUCUUCGCUGCUGCAAAUUCGUACGAGCGUUCUUGUAGCUUCGGAUGGCCAUCGUUGGGACGCCCUUGUUUUUUGUGAUCAGUCUUGUCAGAUACAAAAUAAAACGUAUCUAAACUCGAUUCUGUUGGAUUGUACACUUUGAUGCUGUUUUCUUUAGUACUUGCCAGACUUUGGAAAACUUGUAUAUGAAAGGGUUUGAUUACAUGUACACAUUUGAACUGUAAAAUGUUUCAUCUGUUGAUACAACAUGGGGAAAGUGAAUAUAAUGAGAACAUUGAAUCCAA